UAAUGUAGGAUAUCUUUAUGAACAUCUUAGGAUUUGUAUACACCAGGGCAUGCUUCGUAGUAAACACAAACAGUAAACAUGGGUGGUGAGCAAGGAGAAACAUGCGAGAUAACUGAUGUACAGUUUUUCUCCAAGAAGCGGCAUCCUAUCGUAGUUACAUUUCAAAAUGGUGAGCUCUUGCCAGAUGCUGUGGAGAGGCUGAAAUGUGGAGUUUACCGUGACAAGAAAACUGGAGAACGCAUUGUUGCAGUGGCCUCUGAGUCCAGAGUGUAUUUCGGAGCACUGGCUUCUGCUUCAAGCAAAUUGUGCCGCACUCUCCUAGCUAUACGCAACAAACAGACCAAUAAGGUUCGCCUCGUGGAAGUGGAGAGUGUAAACCUUUCGCCGAUAGUCCAUUCAGAGAAACCAGCUGCGAAAGAAAUGCAGAAUCUCCAAGCUUAUACAAAGUUAAGUAGAACUUUUGGUUCUAAAAGAGCAAAGCGCAGUGUGGAGCAGCGAGAGGCUAUGCAGCUUGAAGUUGAACACAUGGAGCAUCAGUUGUCACAAGCACUCAGCACAACAGCAUUGGCAAAGAAGGCAACUGCUUCUCCAUUGCCUGAGGAAACCCGAAAUGUUUCAUCACCUGCCACAGUUGGUGAUGAAGUGGUUCCUUGUGACCGAACAGCUACAACGCCCGAUAAAAUUUAUGAUCUCCAUGAUCUGGUCAGUGAAGAUGAACUAAACAGUUUUUCGGAGGAAGCUGAGACACUUAUUUCUGGAGGUGCAUCUUCUGUGAGUUAUUCACCAUUCUUCAACAGUUGCUUCAAAGAGGUUCCAGCAGAAACACGAGUACAAAGCAUAAAGAUUCUCCUAUAUGCAGAAUGCCUUAUACGUUUUGUCUCUUUGACAUACAAGGAUCUAAGAGCGAAGAAUGUAAGUGUGUGCCCUCAGUCAGAAAGUAUCAGUACCCGGAUACUUAAUAACUUCACAGUUGCUUCUGACAGUGGAAGGACAAGGCCACUGCAUGUGAGAGAUAAGGCAAUUUGUCAUGUCAUAGUACUUGGAUUAUUGGCCAAUAAAUUCAAGUUGAAUGUUGAACCUUUGCUUGCAUCUAUCAAGAUUGGAGCAACUAGAUUGCAGCAAUUGUGUCGUGCAAUAGGAGCAGUGCCAAGUGUGUCAAAUAAAAAUAUUGUAGUUUUGAAGGCACCAUUACCUCCAUUAACAUCUGUUGGUGGUGGUGGUGGUGGUGGUGCUGGCAGAAAUCGUCGCACAGGAAGAGGAGGACGUCAGCAGUAGCAAGCCAAGUGCAAAUUUUUAUUUUGUGCUGCAAGAAAAGUAAAAUGUUAUCUUUGUUGUUAUAUUCUCUCUGAAUAUUUUUCAUAUUGUACUGAAAAAUUUCUUGAAUGAAUAUAUUGUAAAUUAAUAUCUGAUUAAAGUUCAGAUAAUUAUC